UAUAGCUUGGGGCUUGGGACAGCUGUCAGGAUACCAUGUGUGUGUAUAUAUAUUCGUACAUGUAUAUGCUCAGAGUCAACUACAGUGUAUUGCUAUUCACAUAUCAUAAGACGUGAUCUAUAAACCGUUCAUAGACAUUAAUAGACGAGAUAGAGGAGAGAGCACAGAACCCAUUUGCUAUCUAUAGCCGUGCUUAGGAGACGUGAUAUUCUGAUCCUUGGAGCUUUACCUCUACGGGGUCUAGCCUGCAGGAAAACAUUUGGAAGAAGAAUAACCGUAGUUAUCGACCAUACUGUACCGUACCAUGUCUAACGUACUGAACGAUUGAUGGGAAUUGUGACCAAAUAAAAGCACAGUAAGAUACAGGCACGUGCUUGCUGCGUUCAUAGUUCCUCCACCUUGCCUACAUGCAGCUACACUGAAUGUAAAGACUGAUAGCCGUGUCGUCUCUUUCUCACACUGUCGCUCUUUCUGUCACUGCGCGGUGCGGCUGCUAUUUCCGUAUGAAUAAAAGCAGACUUGACGCUCUCCACAUGCGGACCGGUUCAUCUGUUCAGCGGUUUUCACCCGGUGAGUGCGAGCCAGUGGUCUUUUUUAUCUGCUCUCUUUGAAUCCAUCCUGCUAUUUGCACAGAGGCUGCAAAACGCUGCCUUCCUCUCUCUCUCUCUCUCUCUCUCCCCGUCUCUCUCUCGCUCUCGCUCUCGCUCUCUCUGGAUCCGACUGCAAAGGAGAAAGAAGAGGUAGGCAUUCACUGCAGGACUUAUCCAGCUGAAAGGUCCCCACUCACCCCCACCCCAUCUUUUUUUCUUCUCCGUACUGUGCUAUCAGUCCCACCUCACCCCUCGCUCUUCCCCAUCCCACCCAAGAAUUCCUUACUUCCAAGUCUCACACACACACACACACACACACGCACUGGAGGACUAAGCCAAAGGAAAGCAAGACAGACCGACAAACAAGAAAACAGGCAGAUGGACAAACGUGUGCAUGGAAAAGUGGACAUGGAGGUGUGGAGGACUAGAGGAUCAAUCCUGCACAGAAGCACAAGAUCUGGUGAUGGCAUCCAUGCUAGCAUAGUCAUCACCCUUCUGAUUGGGGUAUGGUGUGCACAGGCAUUGGAAGUGUCAGUGGGGAAGGCUGGCUUUGUUGAGGUGAUGAAUGGCAGCUCUGUACUCUUACCUUGUAGCUACAGUAGCUGUAUCGGCAUCAAGAACCUGUACUUCAACUGGAAGUAUAAUAAUGACAAUGGGACAAUGGAUAUGCUUUGUGAGGGAGUCAUCCCAGCUGAGGGUUUGGAGCCCCAUGUGACGAUCGCCCAUGAGCGUGUGAUGUUCGUGGGCUCCAGUAAGGACAGUAACAUUUCUGUCCUGCUGUGGAACGUCACCUUCGAGGAUAAGGGCGAGUACACUUGCUUCGCCCGCAACCCCAAAGAGAAGAACCGAAACCACAGUGCCGUAUUCAACCUCAUCGUAGUUGACCAGCUUAAGGAAGUGGACAACACGUUGACGCUAAUCAUUGUAUCCGUGAUUGGAGGAGUUAUUGGGUUGAUCAUUAUAGUCAUGGUAAUAAAGGCAGUGGUCAUCCAUUUUCUCAACAAGAACCAGGAGAAAAAUAAAGAGUGCCUUGUGAGCUCUUCAGGAAAUGACAACACAGAAAAUGGCCUUUCAGGUUCCAAAGCAGACAACAAAGCAUCACCAAAGGCUUAAAAAAAAAGUCUACAUGCAUAAAUGGGCAGAUGUAUGGAUGUUGUGGAUAUAGAGCUAAAGCUAUAGAUAUGGUCUGUUUUAUCUUUAUGGAAAGCAAAAUGUUCACAUGAAUUAAGAUUAUAUUAUAUUAUAUAUAGAAAUUUGCUCAAUAUAUUUUAGAAAUAUUUCGUCUGAUUUUUGGGUUGGAUUGCACACACCUUUGGACAGUUGAUUGGUUUACAAAGGGUUUAAAUAUACAGUACUGAGAAGAAGUCUUAGGCACAUGCAAAAAAAAAUAAAAAUCUGUAAAACAAAGAUGCCUUCAACAAUAACAAACAUUUCUAUUUUUUUUAAAAAAAGACUAUAAAGAAACAGUCAUAAACUAAAAGUCCAUAUUUGCUUUUUAAUUUUUUUUAUUAAUUUUUUUUUUAUAAACAUACAAAUAAUUUUCUGUUACAUUUGAAGUUUUUGUUGAGAAUAGUCUAAAAUCGAACCUGUUUCCGUCUCAAAAUGUAGAAGUCAUAAAUGUCUAUUACAAAUUUUUGUUGAAAAAAUAGAAUGGGUGUCUAAGACAUUUAAACAGUACUGUAUAUAUUAUACAUACAGAUGGGUGACAAAUUAAAGGAGAAACACACACCAAGUGUUUUAGUAACAAGGUGUUCAACCACAUUAUUGUUAUUUCUCUAUCGGUACGUUUACAUGGACAACAAUAAUCCGAUAUGAACCCGAUUAAGACGAUACUCUGAUUAAGAAACUAGCAUGUGAACAGCGAUUAUUGAUGACCUUAAUCCGGCUAAAGUCAUACUCGUAAACACAAAUGGAAUUAAGACGUGUGGAGUAUUCCUGUUUUAGUCGCAUUAUCGACGUGAAUUAUAGACAUGUACACACCGUAAUCACACUAUUAACGUCGUGUGUAACCGCAUUUUGCGACAGGACACGUACACACACGGCAGUGCUCAACCGUCUGACGGCAAACAAGAGAGCACGGCUCCGUCCCAAACCGCGUACUUACCUAUUACAGUAUAUAGUAGGUGAAAUACAUACUCAGCUACUAUAUAGACCGUACGUACACGGAUUGGGACGCAGCCCACGGCUUCAAGCAGUCGUAUAUUUGCACGUAUAUCAUGACAAAUAAUUAACUGCACUUGAAGCUUUCGUCAAAUUUUUUAUAAAAACACCCAGAACUGUAUACGGCACCAUAACGAAGACUAACUGUAUGUCGAUACGUGAAAUUCUGGAGGGACGUCGGACGGCGUGUCAUGGGGACGUAAUGACAUGUGCUGCUAAUCGCUCUAUGUUCUAUAACAAGCAAAACCUGAAUAUUUAUAUGAGUAUUCUUAAAGCGACUCAUAUAAACACCUUAAUCAGAAUAUCGUCUUAUUCAAUAAUUAGAUUACUGCUGUCUAUGUAAACGCAGUCAAUGACAAAUUUUUCCCUCACUACUUCACACACGUUCAUUGAAACACUCGCCGGUUGAGCAUCUUUAUGACUGAAGCUCCUUCCAUCAAUGAAUCUCUUUAAAAGCCACUUAGAUCUUUUCCUUUUGUGAAGGUAAAGUGAGCAUGCUCAGCACUUUAAUUGCUUAAUAGUACCGGUGUUUCUCCGCUCAUCUCUCCUUUAAUGUGUCACCUGAAUUUGUGAAUUUAUCUACUCCUCUGGGAGUAAUUCAAAUACUUUAAUAUUUUACACUGCCUUCUGGAUUAAACAUUAACCAUAAAUACAAACAUCUGUAACAUAUGCAGCCUGGAUAUUAACCACGUUUAUCUGUGAAUGUGUGAAAGGUACAAAGUGCUAUCCAGCCCAGAAAUGGAAACCUUUUAUUUUGCAACCACCUGGAUGUCCUGGAGGUCCAUUUCGAAGUCUUCUCUUCUCCAACACACCUGGUUCUGCGCACAAGUUUUCUGGAGGUGAACUUAGAAAUGUUGGGUGUUAGAAAAGAGAAACUCUUAAGUACUCUGGCCUUCCAGGGCAUCUUUAGUGUAAUAUCCAUGUUUAGAAGAGGGAAAAAAAAAAAAACGCACAAAAAAAAACAAACAAAACACACGUGCCUGUUAAUGCUUCAAACUUUUCUUGCUUUUAGGGAGUCUUUAAUUGCUAUGAAAACUUAUCUGCUUUGAAAGGGGGGGAAAAAAGAAGAAAUGUCCUAUAAAAUAAGUUCCUUAGUAAAUUAAGACAAUCCCACCCCUUUAAGUGAAAAACAAAAAAAAGGUUCUCCCAGCAGAAAAUGAAUGAUCCUUUCUGAUGCUGCUUUUAACAAGUUAACCAACGCAUUUUUUUUUUUUUUAAGGAACAAAAAAGAAAGCAUGUUAAUGAUAAAUGAUUUAUGUAUGUGCUCUUAUAUCGGCUUUACCACUCCGCUCAGACGACGAGUUCAAUGAGAAGCAAGAGCGGGUUCAUUUACAGUACAAGUGACAUAAAUGUACCUACUUUAUGACUGUAAGGUAUUCGGAUGUAGUGAAAAAAACAACACGACUGAGAGUACAGAUACGAGAGAGAGAGACACAGAGAGAGAGAGAGAGAGAGAGAGAGAGAAAGACUCUGCUGACUGAGUGAUAAACCCAAAAAAAUAUCAAUUCAGUGUAUGAAAAUCAUUCAGCUAUAUCUAUUACAAGUACAGAAGUUCUUGUAAUAGUAGCAUUGGCUUUAAUUAUUAGCAGAGUUUAAAUAUCAGUGAAGGAGACUACUGUAAAUAAAAGGUGUGUAAUGUUACUGUAUAAUUACUGUAAGUUAUAUUAUGAAUAUAUAUUACACUGCAAGACAUGCUGAAUGUCAGGAAUGAUUAACUGAGGCGGAAAUGAUAAUACUCAUGUCUAUGAAAACAAGAGACCUCGUUUCAGUAACUUCACUGUAUCAUAUAAAUACAUACUCUCUCUCUCUCUCUCUCUCGCUCUCUCGCUCGCCCGCUCGCUCGCUCUUUAUUACAUCCAUGGUUUACAAGUAUAUAAAGAGCAUAUAUCUAUAUACGUCUUCCAUUAGAGUUGACUCUCAGAAUUCAGGGGCUCUGGCACAACAAUCUCAGUUGUUUGGGAUACUUUUAACAGAGCAGUUUUAUUUUGUAUGUGUGUGUGUGUGUGUGUGUUGGUAGGGAUUGAUUGAAUUCACUUGACAUAAUUGAAUUUACUUGACGUGUUCACGUGUGGCAGCAAUAACUGCGGAGUUUUUGUGCCGUACGGUUUGAAGCUCUGAGGAAGGCUCGAUGUCCGUCGAGGAAUCGACAUACGACGCUUUGUACUGACGUCAUUAGCGUUAACUGUCCGCGUUACACUGAUGUUUUCCGGAGUUAGGUAGAUGCUCUGAUUUCAAAAGGCAAUACUUGUCAGUCAUUCUUUCUUGUUUGUUCCAUGGAGGCUGCAAUUGAAUUUCCCCGUCGCACCUCUCACCUGUACACGUGUACGUUUUUGGUGUCAAUCUUCAUUCACAAGCCAAAAAAAGAAAGAAAAAAAAAAGUGAGAGAAGGCCAUACAGUGACUGUGGGAGUGUGCUGCUGUUUCCAGUGGAGAUGGCAAGAGUUUAGCAAAAUAUGCAAUAAGCAAAGGACUUGAUAGCUAAGUAUGAUUAGCUCAUUUUGAAGGAAUGCACUUCAUUCUGUAGUUUAAUCUUGAUCUAUUUGUAAAUGAACUCCAACCGAAA